AUGAAAAUCACCGAGCGAUACAACCGGAGAGAUGCAAGUUGUGUUGCAGGGCCCGAAAAAUCUUGGCGAGAAAACAAGAGAAAGUGACUGAUGAACCGAUCAAUUCAUCCGUGUAGAUCUGUUCUCCACCCUCAGAUGAUAUUUCUCCCUUCUGGGUUUCCCUUGGUUUUUAUUUUUAGUUGCUUCCUGCUCUAUAAUCAUCGAAGAGUCAACCCUCUCUAAGUAUGUGUAUUGGUGAUUCUCAAUCUCUGAGAAAGGGAAUUUGUUUGGUUACUGAGAAAUGAAAGGAUAAGAAGGCAAAAGGGGAUUUGGAAGCUUGCAACAGUUUUCAGCUUAAUCUGUGAUGAUCACAGGACUGGCAAUGUCGGUUGCACAGGUUGACAGUAUGGCUCCCCUGAGCAGUGAUAUCUUCUAUGAUAUAUUGAGGCGUCUUGAUGGCCUAACUUUGGCUAGUGCAGCCUGUGCUUGUGCAGCAUUUUGUUCAAUCUCAAGAGAGGAGAGAUUAUGGGAAAAUGUAUGUUCUUCCAUGUGGCCUUCAACCAACAGAGAAGAUGUCAAAAGUUUAAUUUCAUCUAUCGGUGGAUUCAGAAAGUUCUAUGCAGAUUGUUUUCCCCUCAUAGUAAACAAGGAAGUUCCUGAAUUUCAAUGGAAUGAUUAUCUCGGGUAUCCUGAAGAAUGGAGUGAAGCUGAAUAUUAUGGUGACAUGGAUGAUUUUGAAAGUAUUUCACCUUCGGAUUUUGUUUCUAUUGUGGAUAUCAGGUAUAAAGAUAAAACUAUCUGCUCAAAAGUCCUAUGGGGCAUUCCAAAUGCAAAUGGCUUCAAUGGUUGGUUUGACAACUGUCCAUUUCGGAUUGAUCUUCUUACCUAUUCUCCCAGUGAUGAUCACCAUGAAGAUGAAGUUACCCUUUCAGUUUCUGAUGGUCUGCCACCAAUUUCAUCUAUGCAAAGAGAAAGGAAAGAUGGGAAGCUUUGGUGCGAGCUCCGUGAUGGAAUCCGACUUAGUUGGAUUGUCUUGAACCGGAAAAUAAAGCAAGCUGCUAAUCUCUCUAGCUGGAGCCCUCUUGGUGGACAAAGACAUUGGCCAACAGACAAGGAUUUCUUGAUACGUUUUGGAUCUGUAAUUCCUGCCAAAGACAUUCUUCCAUGUCGAGUAGUGGAGUGCAUCCUUGUCAUGAAGUUCAGAGUGAUCCAUACUGAGGGAGACGGUGUUCAGACGACUCUCAAGUUAACAGAACUAAGCAUGCAAUUGGAAGACAUGGAAGGUGCUCAUGUUAAUGGAAGAAACAGUUUGCUCAUCCUUAAAGAAGCACUGAGCUGUCAUAGGAGCAAAAACUACGGUGAAUUUCUCGAGUCUUGUAAUUUGUACUCAAAAGUGCAGAAUGAGUUGAAAGAGGAGAAGAUGAGGAUUGAAAGCAGGUUAGACAAAUGCUGUAUAUUAAGUGGCAUAGUUGCAUUCAUCGCAUUUUGCUACUACAUUUGGUGAUAUGCAAACGAACCGCUUGUUUCCUGACAAUGUUUUCUGUAAAUGGUUUCUUAUCUAACAAACCGUCUGUGUCUGUACUCUUGCUGUAAAAUUCAAUUUUGAUCAAUUAAUAAGAAGUCAUUUCUCUUAUUGCAUAAA